CACCAAGCAAGCUGAUCCAAAUGUUAUAGAUGUCUGCACAUCUCCUGAGGGACCCACCUAUGUGACCUCUGAUUCUCUGCCAGUAAAGAAGAGAGGGAGGGAGUCUGGCUUGUUCUCCUUAGAAGACAAGACCUUUCCCAAAGGCACAUGAUGACCCUCUCCGGACCCUGAGACCCCCCAUAGAUACCCAGGCAGUGAAUGUGGAGAUGGCUCUGAUCAGCAAUGCUCUGGCAGCCUACAACUUCAUAGCAGAGCACCCGGAGAGAGCAGCCUUGUAUUUUGUUUGUGGCGUGUGCCUUGGCCUUCUCCUUACGCUGUUUGCGCUGGUGGUCCAGAUCUCCUGCCGCACAGACUGCCAGGCCAAGCCGCUUAGGAAGCGAGGUGCACGGGCACGGGGCCGAGGGGCAGAGAGUGCCAGCGACAGCAGUGCCGACAGUGACUCCUCAGACUGGGACACAACUUCGGACCUGUCGGCCCGCCGCCAUCGCCGCUUUGAGCGGACACUCCACACCAAUGUGUUCACCUCGGCGGAGGAGCUGGAGCGGGCCCAGAGGCUGGAGGAGCGUGAGCGCAUCAUCCGGGAGAUCUGGAUGAACGGACAGCCCGACAUACCAGGGACCCGCAGCCUCAACCUCUACUACUAGGCCCGUCCCCCAACCCCCCUCCGUCAAGGAGGCUGAUGGGCGCGGCGAUCCUGUAGCUGGCCUGGAGGUGGGGGAAGGGUGGCUUCGUACUCCAAGGGCCAUUACCAGACCUACA